AUGGUCAAUUUGGCCGAGCUUGGUGCCAAAUUGACGGCCGGUCGUCAACCUGGCCAGGAGUUAUCCCCGUGUGCACGUGCAGCCAUUGCUGGUGCCGUCGCAGCGGGGGCAAGCCAGACGGCCGUUGCCAAAGCUUUUUCCACCAGCCGUCGCGCAGUCCAACUCUCACUUCAACGCUUCGAAUCUUCCACUACUUUUGAAACCAAGCCUAGGACUGGCCGGCCAGAGCUUCUUACACGUCGUGAGAAACGGUACAUCCUGCAACUGGCUAAGCGGUACCCUCGGUACUCGCUCCAGAUGCUUACAGGUACUCUAGAUACCCGCAUUUCCCGAUCAACAUCUAUCUUCACCGAUGAAUCGUCUUCCAGAAUAACUCGAGUAGCCCAAUGA